AUGGACCACUUCGCUCUGCGACAGCGUGACGACACGUCGGGCGCUGAGCAGUUUCUCAAGCUUAUCCAAGACCCUUUCAAAUCGGCUUUCCAAAUCAAUGCCGUGUGGGCUUCGCUAGGCGCCUCCGCCGGCAUCUCCAUCCUCCUCGCUCUCCUCUUCUCCCUCUUUCGUCCUCGUCACACCCUUGUAUAUGCGCCCAAAGUCAAACAUGCGGAUCGCAGACAUACGCCGCCCCCAGUGGGCAAGGGCUUCUUCGCCUGGAUGAGACCCGUUCUGCGCACGCGAGAGCCCGAGCUGGUGGAAUGCAUCGGCCUCGAUGCGACCGUCUUCCUGCGCUUCACCAAGAUGUGCCGCAAUAUCUUCAUCAUUUUGAGUAUCAUCGGAUGCGGCGUGAUGAUUCCGGUUAAUCUCACCCAGAGUAACGGUUCUGGCAUCUCAUCGUUGUCGGCGUUUGCGACCAUGACCCCGCUUUAUGUCACAACGGAGGCAAUUUGGAGUCAAGUCAUUUGUGCCUGGGCCUUCGACAUCAUCAUUGCCUACUUUCUUUGGAGGAAUUACAAGGCUGUAACAGCCUUGCGAAGAAAGUAUUUCCAGAGCUCGGAUUAUCAGCGCAGUCUGCAUGCUCGAACCUUGAUGAUUACGGAUAUUCCCAACGAGGCACGUUCGGACGAAGCGCUUAUGCGGCUUGUCGAUGAGUUCAACCCCACAGCUGCUCUCCCCCGGGCCUCCAUCGGCCGAAAUGUCAAGGAUCUUCCCGUGUUGAUCAAGGAGCAUGAGGAAACCGUGCGCCAACUGGAGUCCGUUCUGGCGAAAUAUUUCAAGCGACCCGACCAGCUACCUGCCAAGCGACCGACGAUGCGUCCGUCCAAGAAGCAAAGAGGCAAUCAUCCGGAUUGCAAGGUGGACGCCAUUGAUUACCUCACCGACCGCAUCCAGCGUCUGGAGGAAGAGAUCCGUCACGUUCGUGCGUCCAUCGACAAGCGCAACGCCAUGCCGUUCGGUUUUGUCAGCUGGGAUAUGAUUGAGCAUGCACAUGCCGUCGCCUAUACCGCGCGAAAGAAACACCCCAAGGGAACCACGAUCCGGCUGGCACCUCGCCCGAACGAUCUCAUUUGGGAGAAUUUGCCGUUAUCCAAGCAGGCACGAAAGUGGAAACGGUUCAUGAACUUCAUCUGGACUACGUUGUUGACCGUUGUAUGGAUUGCUCCUAACGCCAUGAUCGCCAUCUUCUUGUCCAACUUGUCCAAUCUGGGUCUGGUCUGGCCUGCUUUUCAGACGUCGCUCAAUGCGAACCCGGAAGUCUGGGCCGCGGUCCAGGGUAUCCUCUCACCGGCGAUCACCUCCCUGGUUUACCUCCUUCUACCGAUCAUCUUCCGUCGUUUGUCCAUCAAGGCGGGUGACGUAACCAAAACCUCGCGAGAACGCCACGUCCUGAGUCAUUUGUACUCGUUCUUCGUCUUCAACAACCUCAUCGUCUUCUCGCUCUUCUCUGCCGCGUGGACAUUUGUAGCCGCCGUCAUCGACGCGAAGGAUCACGACGAGGACGCCUGGCAAGCGAUUAAGGAUGGCGCUUUCUACCAAAAGGUCAUGAGCGCCUUGUGCCAAGUGUCUCCCUUCUGGGUGACCUGGCUGCUGCAGCGCAAUCUCGGAGCGGCCAUCGACCUCGUGCAGCUGGUGACUCUGUUCUGGGUUUGGUUCGCCAAGACCUUUCUUGCGCCCACGCCCCGGCAGGCCAUUGAAUGGACCGCGCCCCCGCCGUUUGAUUAUGCGAGCUACUACAAUUACUUUCUCUUCUAUUCGACCGUUGCGUUGUGUUUCGCGACGCUGCAGCCCAUCGUACUUCCCGUCACUGCGUUGUAUUUCGGAUUGGAUGCGAUGUUGAAGAAGUAUCUGUUGCUCUAUGUGUUCGUGACCAAGACGGAAUCGGGCGGCCAGUUCUGGCGCGCCCUGUUCAAUCGGCUGGUCUUUGCGACCAUCCUCUCCAAUGUAAUCAUUGCGCUGGUGGCCAAAACCAAGGGUACCUGGACCAUGGUCUACUGUGUGGUUCCUCUGCCAUUCCUGAUGCUCGCAUUCAAGUUCUACUGCAUGAAGACAUUCGACGACGAGAUCAAAUACUACAACCGAGCGAACCUGACCGAUGCGGAGGCGUUUGCUGUCGACAAGUCGGGCAAGAAAGGGUCUGACCGGCUCAGCUCCAAGUUCGGCCAUCCCGCCCUGUGCAAGCCUCUGAUCACCCCGAUGGUGCACGCCAAGGCUGCCGAAGCACUCAAACAAAUCUAUCGCGGCCGACUCGGCUCCUCGGACGUCCAAGGAGAUUACUCGGACAUUGCAAUGAAUCCCAUGUCGACAACUCAACCGGGCAAGGCCAUGGACGCCGGCGCAUCGGCACCCUUCGAGGUUGUUCCCGAAAAUCAUCUCGACUUCUCCUACUUCAAAGAUCGUCCAGACUUCCGUGACGAGUUUGGCGGGGAUCUGAUGACCGAACGGUCCCAUACGCCGCGAAGCCACCUGGCCGAAUGGUCACCGAGCACAUCGCGGGCCUCAUCGCCUACGCCGUCGCUGCCGUCGCUCUCUGGCCUGAAAAUGCCCGAAGGCUACGACCCAAUCGCGAACGAUAUCCACCCUGCCUUCCGCCCCCGCUGUCGCGUGAGGAGAUCUCAGCAGCUUCUAGGCCAGGCCCAGGUGCCAGGCACGAGUGAGAUCACACCUGCUCCCCUGAGCCGAUGGCGGACUGGAGGAUACGGGCCUGUUGAUCAGGACGAUCCCAACUUCACCUCGUAUGAGCACUACCGUCCUGCGCGGUAG